AUGAUACAACAUGCUUAUUUCAGGUCACAUCCACGCAACAAAAGAUGGGGAUGGGGUUGGGGAUGGAGUAGACCGUGGAUGUACGGAUAUCCAUAUGGGAUUAUGGGCUAUCCAUACGGAGGCUUCGGCUAUCCCUACGGUGGUCUUGGUUAUGGUCUUGGAGGAUAUCCAUACGGCAUGAUGGGCAUGAUGGGUUAUCCUUACGGUGGAUUGGGCAUGUUAUACGGAUGA